GUUUUUCAUCAACAGAAUUCGACAGAACAACACACCCUGCAAAAAGUAAUUUGUGUAAAUGGUAAGUUCAUCUCAACGUCUUCUGCUAGUCAAUGUACCCAAAUUCUGUCCUGUUCUUUCCUAUUUUCUCAUCAUUUGGUACAACGAAUUAAUAAUUUAAGGGGUUGGUUGAUGUGUCUCAUCUUGAAUUUUUUCCAGAAAUUUUCUUGGUCAGAUAAAAACAUGACAUCUAACAACUUUCGGUGGAUUUGUUCUGUCUUCCCCCAACUCCGCCCAACGCCUUCCUCCCCCCUAAAAAGAAAAAAUAUUCACGUUCCCAAAACAUUCUCAAUCUCACUGUCUUAUUUCAGCCCGCCUGGGACUCGCUUCGCAGUUUGCGGUAACCUCACGGGCUCAAAGCCUCUUACCUUUUAAAUAUAAUUUUUUUAAUUGAAUCAGGUCUGUUCGCUUCUGACAUUUUGAUUGUUUAUGUUUAAAACCAUUAAAUUUCUCGAUUUUAAAUAAAAACAGGGCAAAAAAUACCAGAUUUUUGACUUUUAAGGUUACCGCUCUGUCGAGAAUGUCUUUGAAUGAACGAAUGAAUGAAUAUCUUUUUUAACAUCUCAUCAGGUCGUGAAGUACCACGAGGUCCACCUGGUCCUCCUGGGGUACCCGGUGCCCAAGGUGCUCGUGGCUCACCAGGAACGUCUGGCCCUAGGGGUCCGGAGGGACCACGGGGACCUCAUGGAAAAAAUGGGAAGAGGGGAAAGAAGGGAACUAAAGGCGUCGCUGGUCGGCAAGGGAAGCGGGGCACUAGAGGACCACCAGGACCACCAGGACCACCGGGAUUAUCAAAACCACCGGUAACCCCUGGGAAAUCGUCGCAACACGUCGCAAAUGUUAGCAGUGGAGGUUCCCUAGGUAAUGACUAGAAUCUCUAUGACAAUGGAUACUUUCUCAACUUGCAAAAUAUAAGUAACAAUUGGCAAUUUCUAGACUGGAACGUGAUAUUUCAAUGUUUUCAUUGCUUCGUGUUUGGUUUGUUUGAUAUUUGGCAUAUGUUCUCUUCCUCGUCAUUUAUCAUGAUUGUGAUGUUUGUAUUCCAAGAUGCUGUCGAUUUGGCGUUAACUGUAAACUCGAUCGUGGUAAAUUACAAGCCGAGCUUAUGACAUUUAUCGACUCUGUAAGAACUGCCACAAUUGGCUGUUUAUAUUAUAUAUCAAUUAAUGCUCUCAGUCUGUCAUAUUUUUUAUAAUCGGAGACAUUACAAGGCCUGUUCAGUCUCAAAAUAACAAAAUGAAUGCCAAAAUAACAGCAAAUUUAUUUUUUGAAUUAUAAAAUUAUUGCCAUAAUCAUAGUAAAUUCAGUCUCUAAAUUACAAAAUUAAGGCUCUAAUAGUAGUAAAAUCAGUCUCUAAAUUGCAAAAUUAAUGCUAUAAUAAAUAAUAGCACAUUCAGUCUUCAAAAUGCAAAAUAAUUGCCUCAAUGGUAAUACAGAAUGAACGCAAUAAUAGUGGGAAAUUUAGUCCUAAAAUUGCAAAAUGAUUACCAUAAUGAUAGCAAAUUCAGUCUCUAAAAUGCAAAAAAAAUGCCAUAAUGAUAGCAAAUUCAGUCUCCAAAUUGCAAGAUGAAUGCUGUAACGAUAAUAAGUUCUGUUUUAAUUACAGAAUUACCAUACUUCGUCACAAAGCCUCCAUCUUCCUGGACAAUCAAGGAGAAGCAAAAUGUGAGAUUACCUUGUGAAGCGGGUGGCUUUCCCCCGCCAGUAAUUACAUGGUAUAAGAAUGGAUACCUGAUAAAAGACGCGAGAAGGCAGUUUAAGGAACGCAAUUUGGAAAUAAAGGAAAUUGUCUUCGAGGAUCGUGGAACUUACACCUGUACAGUAGAGAAUUUGUUGGGUAGAACUGAAUUAUCAAUGAAUGUCACUGUUGAAGGUAUCAAUAUUUUAAAAUUUCUUGUUUGCCCAUAAAAUAGUCGAAUACUUCCAUCAUUUUUGUCAUGAUGUGUUGUAGAUCUCAGUUUAUGAUUUCUUCCUCCUAUUCUCUUUUGUUUUGCAGUUCCAACAAGAUUUAAAGCGAAACCGGAGAAAUCUGUCACCGCUUAUAAAACAUGGGACGCUAUUAUCAAAUGUGACAUAUUUGGCUAUCCCACUCCUGUAAUCACAUGGACAAGAUCCCUCAAUCAACUUCCCCUCAACAGGCAUGUUAUAGAUUACAACCGGCUUAUAAUUAGGAACACGACAAAAGACGAUGACGGUGCUUAUGUGUGUCAAGGAACCAAUAAAUUGGGGAGUGUCAUGGCUGUUACAUGGGUCAUUGUUAAAGAUGUAGGAAAGUUGGCAGACGUUACUGAUCAGCACGACAGAAAUGACAUCUCGCGUAAAAGAAAAGAAGGACGAGGACAAAACGACGAAAAAACUAAAACUACUUCUGCCCCCGUUAUGACAAAAACGUCCUCGAUGUCGCUUAUCAAAGGUGAUAAUUUGUUUCUUAGCACUCUAACGGUUGGUAUGUUUCCUUUUAGUGAAUCCCAACAUGGUUUUCAGUCCUCCCAAUGAAACUUAUGUUCAGAAUGUUGGCGAUACAGUGAAGCUGAACUGCUCCGCUGGUGGAGCACCGUUACCUCGAGUUAAGUGGCUCAGGGAUGGAAAACGUGUUUAUUCUACAGCGGUAUUUCAUGAGCACAAUCUGAUCACGAGUGAACUUGUUAUACGUGAGUUCCAGCUAAGGGACGUUGCAAUCUAUAAGUGCAUAUUCUAUAAUGAAAAGAAUGCGACAGCAGAAGCCAGCACAAGUUUGGGU